AUGUGUUCCGCCCAUGAUCCGGGCGCGAGUUUCUGGGGAGUGUUGAUCAACUCGGACAAGAGUCCAGCCCCGCUCCUUGAACAGCUCUGUUUAGAAAUUGCUCAUAAAAUUUCGUCUUUCGACGAUUACGGAACGGCUGAUCUCACGCCCGAACGCCUGGCCUCUUUCUAUCGCAAGGUCGGCGGAAAUUACGAUGUGCUCUUUCUCCAAACAAAGCCCUCUGCUCUCUCCUUCAUUUACCAGCGCCUCGGCUGCUUCCACAGUAUCCAACCCACGAACGAUGCAUACAAACCCCCCGCAAUCCCCGCGCUACAACCCAACGGCUUCGUACGAUGGCAAACAAUCCAAUUGCUUCUAGACCCGGACGAACAUUGCCGAUACCUUCAGAAUGCGGUUGAGCUCUGGGAUAUUGAAAAUCCUAGCGGCGGCACAUUUCCGAAGACGAUUCCCCGCGGAGCCUUCCCCGAAUCGCCAGACCCAGAAAUGGUGGAGUGGCACGAGACAGUCAGCCGACGUUUCGAGAUGGACUAUGUGAAGAAGAACAUUCUCCGUGCAUCGCCUCCGAGUUUUGGUACCUACCACUCUCAAUUCAGCAACCACCAGAAGGACGAGGCUCCGUCCCCUAAGGAGAAAAAAACGUUCCCAAGUCGCCGUAAGACAACUGCGCAACGGGCCCAUGUCGCUCCGGAAGAACCAGCACCUUCGAGCCGUCAUCAAAGGCGCCGCAGCGGGGAGGUUCCCAGCUCAUCGACGCGUCGAGUACAGUCCACUUAUUUCAGUCCACCGCCACCUCCCCCAGAAUUCGCGUCGCCCUCACCCCGAGCGCCCUCGCCACCGAUGUGGGCGAAGUCAUCUCCGAAGGCCCGAGGACGAGAGCGCGGGCCCACCUUCUCACGCCCAGUCAGUCCAACUACUGUGCCGGGACAUAAUCCCUCAGAUGCCUCCUCAGAGGAUUCAAUAGCUGCAGCACAAGAGGCGGCCCACCGUUAUAACAGCCGUCAUCUGCGUCCCUCGCAUUCGCACAGCUCCCAUGCCCGUCGGCAUUCACAUGAAGCAUAUGCACGGAAACCCCCGCGUGAUCUCUCUCCUGAAGCGCAGCGACGAACCUAUACCCACCGCGAGACGUUGAACUCUCACUCAGGGCGACCAUAUGACUCCGAUGGGGGUCGCAGAACCCGCCCGGCACGUGCAUACGCCGAAGAGCCAAUCAUGCAUCCCCGGACCCCGGGCCCUAUCUUCUACGAGUCUGCCUUCAACGACCCUCCCGUCAUGCCGAUCAACCAGGAACUACCUCGAUAUCCCCAUCCCCAUUCUCAUGCGCAUCCACCACCGCCACCUCGUUAUGUGAACAUGAACGUUAACCGCCCGUACGUCGGGCGUGUCCACCCUGACGGUGACAUGCGCGUCCCUGUCGACGAGACGCGGCGAAGCUACCGAGCGUCCAACGCAAAUCCAGGAUACCCUAACCCCGGUGUCUCCGACCACUCGGCGCGUUAUUCUGGGCGAGAUGAUGGCGGAGCAUACCGGUCACCGAGAUGGGCCAACCCUGUUCCACCGCCCACGAGGGGCAUCCCAGUGGGUAUGCCAGACAUGGAAUAUGCUGUUCGAUCGAGACGGUCUAUGUAUGAGCGAUAA